AUGUCUCUUUCUAAACGAGUCUCAUUAUCUCCUCAAUCACCGGCACAACCUCAACAAGAUCUCAAGCACCGAGUGAUCACUUGCCUCAACAAGCUCUCCGACCGUGAUACGCUUGCCGUUGCUGCGACGGAGCUGGAGUCUAUCGCUCUCAGCCUCAAUCAUGACUCUUUUGCGCCUUUCCUCACUUACCUCUCGGCUACGUCGUCGUCUGACAAGUCGCCUGUACGGAGGCAAUGCGUCCGUAUCUUGGGUGUUCUCUCAAUAACUCACGGUGAUGCUUUGUCACCACACGUUUCUAAAAUGCUUGCCGCCGUAGUUCGCCGCCUCCGUGACCCUGAUUCCGCUGUCCGGUCUGCCUGCGUUGGAGCUGUGUCGUCCAUUGCAUCGGAAAUCUCUAAACCGUCCUUCUCUUCGUUGUCAAAGCCGUUAGUGGAAGCCGUUCUGACAGAACAGGAUCAGAACUCUCAGAUCGGCUCGGCGUUGUGUCUGUCGGCGGCGAUAGAGGCGUCGCCGGAUCCUGAACCGGCACAGUUGCAAAAGCUAUUGCCUAGGGUUUUGAAAUUGAUUAAAUCCGAUGGGUUCAAAGCUAAACCUGCGUUGUUAACUGUUAUCGGCAGCAUUGCUGCAGCUGGUGGCGCCUCUUCUAACCGGAAUUCAUUUAAUUCCUUGAUUCCGUGCUUGGUUGACUUUCUGAGUAGUGAUGAUUGGGCGGCGAGGAAAGCGGCAGUUGAGGCGUUAGGAAGGUUGGCAGUGGUGGAGAAGGUUCACUUGACAGCUUUCAGAUCAUCAUGUCUUGCGUCUUUAGAGAAUAAGAGAUUCGAUAAGGUGAAGGUAGUUCGUGAAUCGAUGAAUCAGACAUUAGAGUUGUGGAAGGAGAUUCCAGGGCAUCUAGAUGAAGUUCCUGUUUCACCUCAACUGAAUGCCAAUUCAUCUUCUAAAGGUAAACUGUUUUUGUGA